ACCAUACCCUGAGCAAAGUUCGGAUUAAGGUUUCGUGUCUUAGAAUGACGCAAGUACUGUAGGAAAGGAUAAAAUCUCAAGGCAAACUGAUAACAGAAAGUCAAAGUAUCAAUUUCACACAAUAGAAAUGAUGAGAGGUCUUAAUUAUUUUAAAGUAAAGAUGGGCUCAACAUAAUCCUUUCUUAAUGGUCUGUGGUCUUGUUGAAAUGACUUACAUCGUUUAGAAUAUGAUAUGGCAGAGGCUAGUUUAAGGUCUGCUCCACCACCAGUUCCACCGAGGAUUGACUUGGGCGAAACAGAAGAAGAUUUAUACAAUGGCCACGAUAAAGUUGCUUGGAGUGCAUCAAAUACCUCUACUGAAGAAAAAGAACCGAAAAUACGCAAUUCUAACACGGAGAUGAAGGUUCCACCAAGACCUAAGAAGGCUCAAACUGUGGCAAAGGCAAUUGCUAAAGAAUCAGGUCAUAAUGCAGGUCGUGCUUCCAACAAUCAAAAAAAACCCGAGCAAAAGAAGAACCGUCCUGUCAUCACUAUUGUCUCCGCUCAACCAAUGGAUCAGAGUGCUGCUUUUCCUAAUCGAAUGCCUUUUGACAAGAAUACUCCGGCCUCAACUAAGUCUGUGAACAAUAAUGCUCAACUUUCCAGUAAACCUCCUGCUCCUGAUAUUCUCGUGAAACCAAAGAGACCGGCUCCAGUACCGUCGGAAACGUCGAGAAGGGCGCAAAUUACUAACAGUCGACCAAAAAGCUCUAAAAGCUCCAAACAAGAUUCGAGCUCUAUUUUUUAUACGGAUGUGUUAUCAGAUAGUCGUGAAUCAACUUCAAAACCCGAGAAGUCGUAUAAAUCGAAUCUCAGCAGUUUUUCUGGUCAAGUUUCGAGAAAACAACCUUUUUCACAAUCGAAUAUUCAAUCAACUCCAAAAACUGACAAGUCCUCCAAGUCGAAUGUAAGUGUUUCGUCUGGUCAAGUUUCGAAAAAACAACCUGUUUCACUACCGAAUAUGCAAUCUAAACCAAGUGCUCCGAGCAGGAAGCCAAUAGUCAAAAACGAGGAAAAGUCAAAUGAAACUAUCGCGGCUAAGGAGAAAUUACCUCCUAACAAGACAACUGAACCAAGACCUAAACUAAAACCGACAAUUAUUACUGCAAAGAAGCCAGUUGAGCUAAAACAAUCUUCUUCGGGAAAUGUUACAAAUGCGAAAGCUUCGGAAGAGGAUCCUCCACCUUCCAGACCUAGCUUUCCACCGAGCGCGGAAAUAACAAACGAGAUGCCAAAACAUUCUAGGGAAACAGGUGAAACCGGCGAGAAGAAGCAAAAGAAAUCUAAACCUUCUAGGCCACCGUUGGCAAAGGCAAAACCUUCAAGACCUCCACCUGCAAAAGCCCCGCCUGGAAAAGGGCCCCCUACCAAAGCUCCAGCUAGUAGAACUCCGUCUACCAAAAGUAAUGCGACAAGAAAAGUACCAGCAGAUGUUGCGGAUAAGACAGAGAGAAUCGCAGAAACAUCUUCUACCGUAAAGCCUUCUGGUCCUGCUCGUGCUCUAGCCAAGUUUGAUUACACUGGUGAAACAAAUGACGAUCUCACGUUUAAGGCUGGAGAUACGAUACUGCUGACCAGUAAGAUUGACGAUGCGUGGCUCCUCGGUUACCUGGAGGGGAAUGUUAUGCACCAAGGAUUGUUUCCAUCCAAUUUUGUUGAAGUCGUCGUUCCUUUGAAGGAACAACCCAGAUAUGACAGCAAACAGGAGGAAAAUGUCAAAACGUCAGAACCACAUGCUGUUGCUUUGCACGAUUUCGAUGGCCAAGGCGAAGGAGAGCUCACAUUCAUGUGUGGACAAACCAUCAUUUUAACGGAAAGAGUUAAUGCUGAUUGGUUGAGAGGCAGGUUGAACGGGAAGAUUGGUAUUUUCCCGAGCAACUUCGUUGAAGUUCGACAGGACUUACCGUUGACCACCGAUGAGAAUAGCGACGCUGUGACUCCCGCAGAAAAAAAUGAAAAAUCAGAAGAAUGGUGCGAAGCAACGCACGACUACAAUGGCGAACACACCGAUGAUCUAAGCUUCGUUGCUGGAACAACGAUCAAGAUCAUUGAAAGAAUUAGUGAUGAUUGGUUCCGGGGAACGCAUUCUGGGAAAAGUGGAAUAUUCCCAUCGUCUUUUGUGAAAAUUUCUGCCGACGAUAGCGUUCAAGAUGUCACGUAUGUAACUGCUGUCCAUGAUUAUCCCGGGGAGAGUCCUGAUGAUUUAUCUUUCAAAGUGGGCGACAGAAUCAAAGUUCUCGAUCACUUAAACUCGGAAUGGUUGAUGGGAGAAUGCAAUGGUCGGAAAGGGAUGCUUCCCAUCGCCUUCGUGGAAGAUUUGAAGAAAGAAAACACAUCAAAUGCUAGCAAUGGUGCUUCUCAAUUGAAAAUUGAAUCACUCGAGAAUUUUCAAACGGGCAAGGCACUACACGAUUUUAGUGGAGAAGCACCGGGCGAACUGCAUUUUGUUGCUGGUGAUUUGAUCAAAGUCCUGCGCACCAUUGACGAUAAUUGGAGUGAAGGAAUGAUCAAUGAUGUCACUGGUAUAUUUCCAACUGCUUUCGUUAAAUUGGAAUCUGACUCUCCAAAAGAAACAUUCAUUGCGAAGGCUUUGUAUGAUUUUGCUGGCGAGUCAAACCAAGACCUUCCUUUCAAGGCUGGAGAUGAAAUUGAAGUUCUGCGACAGCUGAACGACGACUGGUGGUGUGGAUUGUUUGCUGGUAAAACUGGACAUUUUCCAGCAUCUUUUGUCGAAAAACUGCCAUCGAAAUGACAUUUGCCACAUACCCCUGAGAGAAACUUUUAUAUACUUAAUUUAACCUGCGGCAACAUGACAAAUAAUAUUGUAAAUCGGAUGCCGCAGAUGUGAUAACAAUAGUGUAUAUUUUCAUAUAUCUGUUGUAUUUAUAUUGAAUGAAAACAGGCAUGGUGUUUAUCAAUAGGCCAAAUGAACGUUUUGAAUGAUA